AUGGGGGAAACGCUGUCCAAACCUGUCACAGAGAAGCACACCAGUACAUUUGAAACGUCCCAUAUUCAUGUUGGGUGUUGCGCGAUGCAGGGGUGGCGCAAAACCAUGGAAGAUGCUCACGUAGCUCAGUUGAAUUUAGGUGGGAAUAAACAUCAUACAUUCAUCGGCGUUUUCGAUGGACAUAACGGUAACAAAAUCGCUAAGUAUUGUAGGGAACAUCUCCUUGAUGAGCUGAUGCUAACACCAGAGUAUCGCAGUGGCUCAUACGAUGAGGCUUUCAAAAAGGCGUUUGGUGCGAUUGACUCCAAUUUGUCCAAAAUGUCGAUGCUGAGGUCAGAGGGUGGAACUGCGGCCAUUUGCGUUAUGUUAACUCAAAACGAGGUUAUAUGCGCAAAUGCUGGUGAUAGUAGGGCAGUUUUGUACCGUGGAACUCGCGCCAUUCCUCUAAGUAUUGAUCACAAACCUUCUGCUCCGGGUGAAAAGGAGCGUAUUUUGCGAGCCGGAGGGACGGUUCAGUCCCAUCGUGUCGAUGGAAAUUUAGCCGUUAGUAGAGCUAUAGGUGAUUUUGACUACAAAGAGAAUAGCGAGUUGUCUUGGGAGGAACAGAUAGUUACUGCCUUGCCUGAUGUGACUAGAAUUGAUAUAAAAGAGGAAGAUGCUUUUGUUGUUGUUGCGUGCGAUGGAGUUUGGGAUGUUUUGUCAAAUGAUGACUGUUGUCAGCUGAUUCAUCAAAGUUUUAAGGAUACCGAAGAUGAUAUUGGUUUAGUGUGUGAAGCUGUUCUGGAUAGGUGCCUGGCCCCAUGCAUACAAGGAACAGGCUGUGACAAUAUGACCAUUGUUAUAGCAAGAUUUAAACCUGCGUUCUUUUGUAGUGAGCGUUGA